GCCGCCGCUUGCUAUUUCCUAGUCUGUCUUACUUUCGUUUUAGACAGAGUUGGGGAUCGUUGGAGGGGGGAAUCGGCGCGCGCUCCGGGGCAUCUGCAGACCAGCCAGGAUGAGUCAGUGGUAUAAACUGCAGCAGUUGGAUUCGAAAUUUCUAGAGCAAGUACACCAGCUCUAUGAUGACAGUUUCCCCAUGGAGAUACGACAGUAUCUCGCGCAGUGGCUGGAAGCCCAAGACUGGGACCAUGCUGCUAGCGAUGUUUCACAGGCAACUCUGCUGUUCCAUAACCUGCUGUCUCAGCUGGAUGACCAAUACAGCCGCUUCACACAGGAAAACAACUUUUUACUUCAGCACAACAUUAGGAAGAGCAAACGUAACCUACAGAACACAUUUGAGGAAGACCCCAUGUUCAUGGCCAUGAUGAUCUCCAAGUGUCUGCACGAAGAAGAGAAAAUCCUCAAGUUGGCUGAGGAAGUAGAUAAGAUGCAGCUGGGGACUGUGCAGAACACAGUAGUGCUGGGCAGAGUGAAGGAACUGGAUGCGAAAGUCAAAAGCGUGAAGGAUAGUGUCACUGGAAUCGAACAGAUCAUCAAAAAUCUGGAGGAUGCGCAAGAUGAAUACGACUUCAAAUACAAAACCUUGCAGGUCAGAGAAAAUGAGCCCUGUGGUAUGACCCAGCAAGACUUCCUAAAGGAAAAAAUGCAGCUCCACACAAUGUAUCUGCAGCUGGACCUCAUGAGACAGGAUGUGCUACAGAGAAUAGCCAAUGCGCUGCAUGUGUCAGAACACACCCAGAACGCCUUGAUUCGAGAGGAGCUGGUGGAAUGGAAGCAGAGGCAGCAAAUGGCUUGCAUUGGAGGGCCGCCCAACGCUUGCUUGGACCAGCUUCAGAACUGGUUUACUACAGUAGCAGAGAGUCUUCAGCAAAUUCGUCAGCAGCUUAAAAAGCUGGAGGAGUUGGAACAGAAGUUUACCUACGACACAGACCCCAUCCCUCAGCAGAAAAAUGGGCUGUAUGAACGGACAUUAAGCCUCUUCAAGCAACUGAUCCAGAGUUCCUUCGUGGUAGAAAGACAGCCUUGCAUGCCGACCCACUCUCAGAGACCGUUGGUCGUGAAGACUGGAGUGCAAUUUACAGUAAAACUCAGAUUACUGGUGAAACUGCAGGAACUGAAUUACAAAUUGAAGGUGCAAGUUGUAUUUGAUAAAGACGUCAACGAGAAAGUUGCUGUUAAAGGAUUUAGAAAAUUUAACAUCUUGGGGACGAAUUCCAAAGUGAUGAACAUGGAAGAGUCGAAUGGAAGCCUGUCAGCAGAAUUUAGACAUCUGCAAUUAAAGGAGCAAAAGAAUCCGGGAAGAACCAAUGAGGGGCCUCUCAUUGUAACAGAAGAACUCCAUUCUCUCUCUUUUGAGACAACGCUGGAACAGUGGGGCCUCAUAAUUGAUCUAGAGACCACCUCCCUUCCCAUUGUUGUGAUCUCCAAUGUCAGCCAGCUGCCGAGCGGGUGGGCUUCCAUCUUGUGGUACAACAUGCUGACAAAUGAGCCCAGGAAUUUGUCCUUCUUUCUGAACGCGCCGUGUGCAAGAUGGUCGCAGCUUUCCGAAGUGCUGAGUUGGCAGUUUUCUUCUGUCACAAAGAGGGGACUCAACGCAGAGCAACUGAGCAUGAUAGGAGAAAAGUUACUUCCGAACGGAUGCACUGCAGACGGAACUAUUACUUGGGUGAGGUUCUGUAAGGAAAACAUAAAUGACAAAAACGUUCCCUUCUGGUUGUGGAUUGAAGGCAUCCUUGAACUCAUUAAGAAACAUCUUCUCGCCCUCUGGAAUGAUGGAAGCAUCAUAGGCUUCAUAAGCAAAGAACGGGAACGUUGCUUGCUCAAGAAUAAGCCUACCGGUACCUUCCUCCUGAGGUUCAGUGAAAGUAGUCGAGAAGGAGCCAUCACUUUUACCUGGGCAGAAGGACCACAAAAUGAUAAUUUAUGUCACUCAGUGGAACCCUACACAAAGAAGGAACUCUCCGCAGUUAGCCUGCCCGAUAUUAUUCGCAGCUACAAGGUGAUGGCGGCUGAGAAUAUUCCGGAAAACCCCCUGAAAUUUCUUUACCCAGAUAUUCCCAAAGACAAUGCCUUUGGGAAAUACUACUCCAGGCCCAAAGAGUCCGCAGAACCCAUGGAUGUGGACGGCGGAGGAAAAGGAUACAUCAAAACUGAAUUAAUCUCUGUGUCUGAAGUCCACCCCUCCAAACUGCAGAGCACGGAUAACCUCUUGCCAAUGUCCCCGGAAGAUUUUGACGAGGUCAAACGAGCGAUAGGCUCUGCAGACAUGAUGCUAUGUCCAGAUUAUUGAACAUAAGGGCUGACUGGCUAGGCCUGCAUCAAGACUUAGCCACUUGUGAGUUGAGGACCUAUAACGGCUGUAGAAUCCAUAUUACGCAGUUCUGGUUUCUGAGCACUGCAGUGCCUUAUGUAUUGCUGCUGUACUGCUUUGUUUGCCGAAAUCGCAGCUUUAAAAAGUUUAAAGGGUUUGUUCUUUUGUUACGAAAAUAGUGGUUUAGGCUAGCGCUCCAGGACGUAACUUAUUUUCCAGCAACUUUUUUGUGUGUGUGUCAGUUGGUGUGUGCUUAUGGCGAUUUGAUUUGAUUAGCUUUGCAUGCAUUCCUAGCUUGUUCCAUGUGAAAUGGAAUAUUCUUUUAAAAACAAAGCACCAAGAACGUUCAAAUUGGAAGCCUAGAUUUCCUACAGAAAUCAAAUCUGUUUUUGUUGCUGUGUCGAAGAGAGGCAAAAUGCAUACAAUUCUGGACUUCUUGGUGGGGUACUGUUAACUGCGCAGUCCUGACUAGCUGGAGUCCUAGUUGUGUCUCUUUCAAAGUACAGCCAUACCUUGGGUUGAAUGUGCUUCGGGUUGAGCACGUUCGAGUGGCGCUCCGCGGCAACCCGGAAGUAACGGAGCACAGACGUUCAAAAUGAUGUCACGUGCAUGCGCAGAAGCAGCGAAAAGCAACACUUGCGCAGACACGCUGUCGCUAGUUAGGUUUGCUUCUAGAUGCGAACGGGGCUCCGGAAUGGAUCCCGUUCACAUCUAGAGGUACCACCGUACACCCCCUGUUCCAUGGGGUGUAGCUUGACAUAAGCAUUGUACCCCAAGUACACAGCACUUGUGCCUAUUCUAACACUUGCGAUUCCAUUUUGGCCUACAGGAAAGCUAAGUGAAAGCGUGUUGCUGGAGGUGGGAACAAGAUCAUUCACCAAAUGCAGAGCACUGGUGUGGAAAUAGGCAAGGAGUCCCCCAGGAACUUUGAAGAUCCUGAGGGAUAUCUCAGUUGGUAGAACAUGCCCACGUUGGGCAAAAGGUUUCAGCACUGCCGGGGGGGUGGCAGGUUGGACGCGAUGGCCCUGGGGGAUGCUGCCAACUGUCCGAUUCUAUCGGAAUACAUAAAGAUACUAGAGGAAAUGUUUACUUUUCUGCACUGCCACCUUCUUUUUCUCUGUAGUAUUCCAAAGAAUGGUUUGCAAGAGAAAAUUGCUUCUUCCUGUCUUAAUUGUGUAUUGUUGUGUCAUUAAAACAAAACUGAACAGGUGGA